AUGCACUCCAAGGCGCCGAUGUUCCCCCACCUGCUCGUCGUGGCCGCGCGGUACCACAAAAAGAUCGGCAUCGCCGUGUUCUCCCUCGUCGGCACUUCCGAGCGGGGGCGGCGCCUGGGCCCUCCACUCCGCGGGCUCCAGCGGUGCCUGCGCGGCGUCGUCCGGCUGCUCCGCGGCCUCCCGUUGCGUUGCACGCGCGCCGGCAGGCUGCGGCGGUGCCCGACCAGCCGCGGCGACCCUGCUCCCUUGCCUCAGUUCUUUGUGCCAAGCAGAGAAAGCUAUGGCAUUGCCGUUCUUGCGCGGGAGCCGCCGGUGCUGCGGCGUGGCGGCGCGCAGGUGGUUGGCGUCGAUGGCAUCGUGCAGCCCGACGCCGACGGUGCGUCCGCGUCGUCAGAGUGCUCUGUGUGCUUGUGCGAGGUGGAGGAGGGGGGCACGGUGAAGCGGUUGCCGGUGUGCCUGCACAAGUUCCACCAGCACUACAUCGACCGCUGGCUGCGUGACCACCCCACGUGCCCGGUGUGCCGGUGCGACGUCGCCGUCUCUACGCACCUGCCGGCGCAACUGGCGUGA